CUCGCCCACCGACUCACAAAGCCCCCCAUCCGGCCCUCUUCGCUGCAGUCACUCUUCUAGCUUUUGGCACUUUCGCUGUUCUUGUCAGACACCGCGCCGAAACUGCACCAGCAUCUGCUAGACCACGCCUGAACGAUCACGUCGGUUAUCAUCCAAACAGGAAGGAAGAACUAGAGCGUUAUUUGGACAAGCAGAAGUGAUUAUACACGACGAAUAGACAUGGCUCCCGCUAUCAUUGAGAAGGUUGCGCACGCACUCCAUAUCGGCCACAAGGACGAGGCAGCAAAGAAGUCAGAAGCGGCUCCUGCGUCGGAAUCUGCUGCUCCUCCACCAGAGGUCCCCGCUCCUCAUGUUGUCCCUGAGGGCACGGCCCCUCACCCUGCAGUCACGGAGGCCAAGGGUCCUGUCUUUGACCAUAGCAAGGUCACCGUCAUCUUCGUUCUUGGUGGUCCUGGUGCUGGGAAGGGCACCCAAUGCGACCUUCUCGUCAAGGAGUUCAACUUCUGUCAUUUGUCCGCUGGCGAUCUUCUUCGCGCCGAACAGAACCGUGAAGGCUCACAAUACGGCGAGCUCAUUCGAACAAACAUCAAGGAAGGAAAGAUCGUUCCUAUGGAGGUCACCAUUAAGCUUCUUGAGAAUGCCAUGAAAGACGCCGUCCAGAGCAAGUUCGGUACCUCUGGAUGGGAGGACGGCAAGGGCAGAUUUUUGAUCGACGGUUUCCCGAGGAAGAUGGACCAGGCGGAGAAGUUUGAGGAGGAUGUCUGCGUGUCGAGUUGUACGAUCUUCUAUACCACCACGGAAGAGGUGCUCUUGAAGCGGUUGCUGAAGCGUGGGGAGACCAGCGGUAGGGAAGACGAUAACGAGGAGAGCAUCAAGAAGAGAUUCCGUACCUACCACGAGCAGACGAUGCCCGUCAUCGAGCACUACACGAAGCAGCACAAGGUUGCUCAGAUUGACAGCAGUCCCGCUGUGGAAGAAGUCUACGAAAAAUCGAGUGAGGUCGUCAAAAAGGUCUUCGCUGGCGAAGUGGCCGGGAACGUCACUGCCUGAUCGCCGUCACGAAACCCUUGAACUUUUUCUUCAUCGUUGUCUACAUCUGAUCUGGUUGCUGAAUGUCAUGGACAAUACCUAGAGAGUGGGAUACGCGGGCUGCCCAUUGGUACAUUGGAUCCAUCUAAUAACUAUUUGUUCAGAUACAGAAAGAAAUAUACAAUACAAUAUACCAAGACACAUGCGUGCCGAACGAAGCGAAGACUCGUAUCACGUCCGGGAGACGACCGCCAUCUCCAAUGUAAGUAUACCAGGGUAAUUUGGGCGAACGAGCAAGUUGUUCACCGGGUACCUCGAGUUUCUAACAAAUAUAAUACAACAUGCGGCAAGAAUAGCAAAGUUCAAGAGCAAGAGUAAAAGUGUAGAACAAGUUGUUCGUUUCGAAUCUGUGGUUGCGUUCCCCCCUUUGGUUCCUACUGGACAAAUUAAGCUCGUGGUCGUCCUCGGUGAGAUAAGGGAGGGAGAACGUGGGCUGGUUAUGCGUGUACGGCGAGGUCGAGGGUUCCUACAGGGAGGACGGAACAGGAUGCUUUGCCUCCGUGAGGUAUCUCGAGUAUUGUGCCAUCCGCACAGAGAGUGUGGGCUUUCGCGUCGCGUUCGUUGGGUAUCCAAUCCCAUCCGCUCACUCUGAAAUACUCCACCACGAGCGGCCCCUUCCCUUCCUCACUCACGGGACCUCCUGGCCCGGUCUCAGACGCAGACGGGUACUUGAAGUUGAUGUGCCUCCCAUCGGCAUAAGCACCGCCCAUAACCUUCCACAGCUUCUCUACGAACUGUAAUCGCGGACCCUCGCCCCUGGUGGUGUCCGUUGCCAUCUGGGCCUUGAUAACAGGAUCACGCAGUGGACGGACAAUAACGACGUCGAUGCUGGGUUGUGUAGGAGGUGGCGGGUGUGAACGUGCGAGGGGAGUGAUGCGGAAAUUGGGCUCGAGACGGUCGACGUUGACGGUGGUGAGGAAGUAACUGAAGGGACCCUCGAGCUCAUACACGUCCUCCGUCACACGGAUGAAACUGUCGUGUGUCGGGUCAUAUGACAUGACGGCACCUCCGUGGCUUUGCUGGUGUGUGAUAUUCGUGAGGAAUGGCAUGGGGUAGAGACGGACGCGGGCGUGAUACCAAUGGGUGGCGUUUUGUUGGGCGGCGACUUUGAAGCGUUCGAUGCCGGGCAUUGUGGCGCGGAGGGCUUCGGAGUCUUUGAGGAUGGAGGCGUGUAAGGCGGUAGAGGUGACGACGGCGCUGAUAAUGGUUUUGGCAUGUGCUGGGGCGGAUGGGAGGGGACAUGUAUCUACGGAUUGGGGGUAGAUGAUGGUUUGGGCGAGCGUGAGCGGUUUGAGGGUGGAUGUGGCGGCCCGUUGGGUAUAAGAACGAAGGGAGGCAAGGACGGGAGGAGGACUGUGCUCGGGGGGCGGAGAUGGGGUGGAAGUCUUUGGAGGUGGGGGAGGGAACAUGGAGGAGUAGAGAGCAUUAGCAGUUCCUGCGGGGACUAUCACAAAGUUGAGCUUAUGUCCGGGCCACGGUACGGAGCUGUGGAGGGACCGUUUCUGCUGCGUGUCGUAGAGAGCGUUCACGAUCUCAUGCAGAGUACCGUCGCCUGAGACAACGACAACCGUCACAUCCUCCUUGCUGUCUGCUGGCUGAGCAUCGAGAAAGUCGACCAAGAUUGUGCCUGCGUGGCCCGGAUGAGUGGUGGCGUAGGAUGCAUCUACAGGAUAGCCGUCGCGGUCGAGGUGCGGCAGGACGUAGAGCGCGGUGGUGAUCGUCCCAGACAGAUUCCCGCAAGCAGGAUUUGUGAUGACCACCGAGGGCAUUGUUUGCGACGACUGCUCCUUUCGUUUCGUCUCUAAGUUAUGUGUGCUCGC